AAAAGGCGACGGACUCAUUGACGCUCGAGAAUCUUCCCUCACUUCCGCCACCUCGCGACUGCAGCCGGCAUCGUUCAGUCCGGCAAUGUACCUCGCUCGUCGUUACAAUGCCAACAUUCUGGCCUGGCGACCAGGCUCGGGCGACCUCAAACUGCCCGACGGUGUACAGAUCAAGGCUCACUUUAAUGAGUUUCUUGGUGCGUUCUUCAAGCUGUGCUUGUCGGACUCCUACUAUGUGCGGAUCGACAUCCACACCGCCAGACUUGUUCUGAUUAUGAUCGUGGGCUUCCUCACCAUGUUCAAGCGCGUUCGAGAAGGACGCCUCACCCUCUUUUGUCUGCAAGCCUCGACAGGUGGUGCAAUUGUCAUCGUCCCCCACAGCACCAACUGCCUGCUGCUCUUCAAGUUCUUCUUCGGCGCUCUUUGGAUCGCCUUCGAGUGGAUUGUCGUCUCCAUCUUCCAUGGCCAUGUCAGCGCGUUCAUGCUUGGCUACUGGCUCCUAUACCCUUGGCUCAUCGGCAUGUUCCAGUCGAUUCCCAGCCUGCCCUGGCGACAACAGCAGCCAAACGUAAGCGGACCUUCACUCUAUUGGCGAUAUUUGGCUGCAAGGGCGAGCAAUCCUUUUUUGGUACUGGUGUCCGCAGCGUUUGGCCGUCAUUACAAGACCAGCGACGAGCGUCGACAAGCUUUGCAAUUUGCCUUGGCCACUUCGAAAGGCACGGAUCUGGCUGGACCGGAGGAGAACGCCGCCGCCAUCAAAGUCUGGGAGUACUUCAAGCUGGCUUGGUGGUGGGGGACUGUCGGCUUCUGCGAGUGGACCGCCUUCGCCUGGCUCACCACCUUGUUCCAAUUCAUUGUGGGACUCGUGUUGGCCUAUGAGCUCAUCGUCCGCAUGCGCGGGCUCGACAAUCAGGAGAACGACGACGACUUGAUCUUCUCUGUACCUCUCACGGAGCCUUUCCCGGUCGAGGUGGACGACGAAGAGGACGAUCUGGACUUCGCUGCGCGCCUCAGCGUACCUCCGCCAGCGGAGCUCGGCGACAAACAGCGCGAAUUUUCUUCGACAGAUGUCUCUGCAUCUAAAGAUGGCGAGGGCCAAACUCCUGACUCAAACCUUUGCUCGACGACCAGAUCGCCCAGCCUGAGAGUGCCCCGGCUUCGCAAUCGCGAGCUGCAGCGCGAGCUGAUCAACCUCCUCUUUCUUCUCAGUUAUCUCAUCUCGGCGCUCACUGCAUACUCGAUCGUCGUCAUCGGCAUCACUGCAGUGGACCUCGGCGUGAUCAGCAAAAGUCCUGAAGCCCUUGCCCCGGCUUUCUAUCACUACAAUCUUGCCACCGGCUGGCUUAAUAUCGUGUGUGGCGGGGGCAUCUUCCUGUCUGCUUCCUUCAGUCCUACGACAACUUCCUGUCCACGUUCCAUACGUCGCUCAGUCUGGCAGCGAGCAGUAGCGGACGAGGGGCGAACGCAGUUUCGGUUGGACAGUACGACAUCCAUCUCCAGGAGGGGCGGUCCAGCAACCCACUGGCCGUGCCACGGACUCGUCACGGCUACAUGCGCAGAGCAAGCGACGGCGCGGCCGAUGAACAAGAGGAGGCUCUGCGACCCGAGGACGAUGGCUUUGCGAGCCGCCAUUUCUCCAGCCCAACUCGUCUCGUACCUCGAUCACAAGGCCGACGAGGACCCGCCAACAUGACGCAGACCCAGGUGUCGUCCUUUUGUUGAAUCCAAGCCCGUCCUCGAAUCCCAGUACAGAGUCGCGGUGCGUCCAAAAAAAGAACUAUGGACCACCUUGCUAGUAUCAUGGACCACAUUACUAGUAUCUUGAUCGCAUUGGACGAUUACCUGCCUCGGACAUGAUGUCACAUACUCUCAUUACGGCAAAUCUCAACUUCUUCAGCGAUUCUCCCCUUCUCCAAUAGCAACGAAGAAUAGCACAAAAGAUCAAGGCAAGCAAGCAUUGCCA